AGCAGUUUUUUUUGAGUUCCGGUACGUCUUUCAGCAUGCCCGUUUCGCAAAGAUUUGUGCUUGCCACUGUUCUACUCCUUUUCCUGCUCCAAUCUCUCCUGCGAGUUUCCGCAUCCAUUAUCGACAACGAAGAAGAUGAUCUUGAGGGGCUUGAAGAGCUCCUGGCGGUAGAUCAGGAGGAAGAUCAGGAGAAGGGCGCCGGCGGCGGCAUCCAGAACAAGCUUUCGGAGGCCGAAAUUCUGCGCCGCGCUCAGAAGAUCGUUGUAGAGCUCAGCAAUGAGAACGCCGAGAAAGUGGUUCUCUCGAACGCGGCCGUUCUGCUUCUUGGUUAUGCCCCUUGGUGCCCCAGGAGCGCCGAGCUGAUGCCGAAGUUCGCAGAGGCCGCAACUGCGCUUAGAGAGAUGGGAAGCAACCUCGUGGUGGCGAAGCUCGAUGCGGAGAGGCACGAGAAGGCUGCGAAGCUUCUUGGAAUCAAGGGUUUCCCGACGAUACUCCUCUUCAUUGAUGGGUCGCCGCUGGCUUAUAGGGGUGGAUUUACCAAGGAGGAGAUAGUGAUUUGGGUGAAAAAGAAGACUGGUGCUCCUGUUAUUCGAUUAUCUUCUUUAGAUGCAGCUGAGGAGUUCCUAAGAUGGCAUCAGAUUUUUAUUAUGGGCUACUUUGAAAAUUAUGAAGGACCCGAAUAUGAUGAAUUCCUCAAAGCAGCCAUCACAGACAAUGAAAUCCAGUUUGUGGAAACCAUUGACAGCACCAUAGCUAGACUUCUGUUCCCAGAUGUUGAACUGGAUAAGAAAUUCAUAGGACUUGUGAAAAGUGAGCCGGAAAGAUUUGAGAAAUUCGAUGACAACUUUGAAGAACAUAGGAUCUUGCAGUUCAUAGAGUACAAUAAAUUUCCUCUAGUUACUGAAUUGACUGAACUAAAUUCUGCUAGAGUAUAUUCCAGUGCCAUUAAGCUCCAGGUUUUUAUUUUUUCAACUCCUGAGGACUUUGAUGGUCUUCGACCACUAAUUCAAGAUGUUGCAAAGUCUUAUAAGAGAAAUAUAAUGUUUAUAUAUGUAGACAAUGCUCAAGACAACCUUGCAAAACCAUUUAUGACUCUUUAUGGACUUGAAUCCGAAGAGCCUAUUGUUACUGCAUUUGAUAAUAGAAUUGGUUCCAAGUACUUACUGGAAGCAGAUCUUGCACAGAGCACUUUGGAAGAGUUCUGUAACCGAUUUCUUCAUGGUACUUUGCUACCAUACUUCAAGUCAGAGCCAAUUCCUAGUGAAAAGGCAAUGGUUGAGAAAGUUGUCGGUAAGACAUUUAGUGCUUCUGUCUUGGAAAGUGUCGAAAGUGUAUUUUUAGAGGUCUAUACUCCAUGGUGCAUGGAUUGUGAUGCUACCAGCAAACAAGUACAGAAAUUGGCCGAGCACUUUAAAGGACUGGAGGAUUUGAAAUUUGCCAGAAUAGAUGCUUCUUUGAAUGAACACCCAAAGCUGGAGAUAAACAACUACCCGACGCUUCUACUCUAUCCGGCUGGAGAUAAGUCGAAACCUAUAAAAGUUUCCAAGAAGUCAAGCUUGAAGGAUUUCAUUGCUUUCGUAAAAAAACAUGCUAAAGCUGAUGAAGAUAGAGGAAUCCUGGAUGAAAAGGAGGAAAAGAAACAGGAACUGUGAUGAACAAAAUGUUACAAGUAGAUUCUCAUGGAUUCGCAGCGAGGUUUAUUGUGAUCUUUUUUUUGUUUUCGCCUGAUGAUGAAAGGGAAAUGAGGUUUAAGGACUUGCUGCUGAACGCCAUCCCCACCUACCCUUUGCUUCCCCAUUCUGUCUCCUCGCCUGAUCUUGUUUUCAGAGACAGUAGUUCUUCUCUUUGUUUCGGAAGAUUGUUCUACUGAAUUGUCUUCAGAAGAUUGUUCUACUGAAUUGUCUUCAGUUUUAUGGCGCCUCUUGUUCCCCUUUCUGUUUGCUGAUGAUUAUUGUAGACGAAUUGGUCUUUCGAAUUGAUUAAUAUAACCUGUCGGUUUGAUGUAA